CAACCAGCAGAGUUCUGUUAGUUGAUAUGAAGAUGGACUGGUAUCUGUUACCAGGACAACCAGCAGAGUUCUGUUAGUUGAUAUGAAGAUGGACUGGUAUCUGUUACCAGGACAACCAGCAGAGUUCUGUUAGUUGACAUGAAGAUGGACUGGUAUCUGUUACCAGGACAACCAGCAGAGUUCUGUUAGUUGAUAUGAAGAUGGACUGGUAUCUUUUACCAGUGGGGCUGUCCCCGACUAAUAAAAAUCUUGUUUGACUUAGUCACCUGUUCUUUUGACCAAUCGAUUGGUACACAUUUUAAACGUGUAUUUCUAUAUAUACAGUACUGUUGAAAAGUUUGGGGUCACUUAGAAAUGUCCUUGUUUGUGAAAGAAAAGCACAUUUGUUGUCCAUUAAAAUAACAUCAAAUUAAUCAGCAAUACAGUGUAGACAUUGUUAAUGUUGUAAAUGACUAUUGUAGCUGGAAACUCCAGUUUUUUAAAAUGGAAUAUCUAAAUAGGCAGAAACCCAUUAUCAGCAACCAGUGGGAGGCCCCGGUGCACAACUGAGCAAGAGUACAACUUCAUUAAAUAGUACCCACAAAACACCAGCCUCAACAUCAACAGUGAAGAGGCGACUCCUGGAUGCUGGCCUUCUAGGCAGAGUUCCUCUGUCCAGUCUCAACAUCAACAGUGAAGAGGCGACUCCUGGAUGCUGGCCUUCUAGGCAGAGUUCCUCUGUCCAGUCUCAACAUCAACAGUGAAGAGGCGACUUCUGGAUGCUGGCCUUCUAGGCAGAGUUCCUCUUUUCAGUCUCAACAUCAACAGUGAAGAGGUGACUCCUGGAUUUUAAUUGACAAAAGGACUUUUCUAAGUGACCCUGAACUUUAGAAGGGUAGUGUACAUCCCAACACGGUCCAUGUUGGAAACGGCAUUCUGCAUGAAUUCCCGACUCUUUCAACUUGCAGCAAAAACGAUUUUAUGAAAUCUAAUUGGCUACACGUUGUUUAACACGGUCGAGUUCGGUUUCAAUCCUCGGACACUCGUUUCAUCAUUCUACAUUAUGUAUUGGCUAUACAACACCUGGUGGUGUCCAAUGACCACCUAUCGUUUUGAAACCGAGCUGGGUAGCCAAUGAGCUGGGAUUUCCAGCAGUAUGUAAACGCCGUUUGUAGGACAAACAGCCAUCAUGGUAGAGCUGUGCACAACAGAGUUCCAUUCUCUUUGUAGGACAAACAGCCAUCAUGGUAGAGCUGUGCACAACAGAGUUCCAUUCUCUUUGUAGGACAAACAGCCAUCAUGGUAGAGCUGUGCACAACAGAGUUCCAUUCUCUUUGUAGGACAAACAGCCAUCAUGGUAGAGCUGUGCACAACAGAGUUCCAUUCUCUUUGUAGGACAAACAGCCAUCAUGGUAGAGCUGUGUACAACAGAGUUCCAUUCUCUUUGUAGGACAAACAGCCAUCAUGGUAGAGCUGUGUACAACAGAGUUCCAUUCUCUUUGUAGGACAAACAGCCAUCAUGGUAGAGCUGUGUACAACAGAGUUCCAUUCUCUUUGUAGGACAAACAGCCAUCAUGGUAGAGCUGUGUACAACAGAGUUCCAUUCUCUUUGUAGGACAAACAGCCAUCAUGGUAGAGCUGUGUACAACAGAGUUCCAUUCUCUUUGUAGGACAAACAGCCAUCAUGGUAGAGCUGUGCACAACAGAGUUCCAUUCUCUUUGUAGGACAAACAGCCAUCAUGGUAGAGCUGUGCACAACAGAGUUCAUUCUCUGGUGAAAGGAAACCGGACUCAUUGUAGUUUACGUUUCACAGCUGUUCGUUCUCUUCUACAAACUUCUCUGAAAUCUGAAAUAGUUAAACAUGGACUGCUAAGAGUGGAAAAGCUAAAUCAAAGGUCCAAGUAUAAACAUGUUGAUGAUAUUAUUGCAGAAAUUGAGAGUGACACAGAAGGAAUGGAUGAGGACUCUGUGAGUGAUCUGAGUUUGGAUUCCAGCGCGGAUGACAUGUUUUUGGAAGAAGAAGAUCCACUUUUCGAUCAUGGCACUGACCCCGACUGGGAGCCCCCAGUGCCAAUUGGUCCAUCCCCCUCUGAAGCUGGUUCAUCCAGCUGUACCCCUGCUGUCUCUGGCUCCACACCUCCCGGGCCGUCUAGAGGACCGACAAAGAAGAGGAAGAGGGGAAGUGUGCCAUCCGCUAACAGAGGGACAGAAUGGCGUUGGCACACCGUCCUAGAAGACGAUGUGGAGCCACCCCAACCGACCUUUAGGCCGAAAAGGAAGCCGGGACCUCAGCUAAACAUGACUGCUACGUACAGCCCCCUUCAGCUUUUUCAGCUGUUCUUCACCCAAUCUGUUGUAGAGUCGCUCGUGUCCAACACAAAUAAGAAUGGGAAGAAGAAGCAAGCAGGCAAAACGGCAGCAUGGAAGCCCAUAUCCACGGCAGACUUUUUCUGCUACCUUUCUCUGGUCAUCUACAUGGGGCUGGUGAGGCUGAAAAGCCUGAAGGGCUACUGGAAAACGUCGUCUCUCUACCAACUGCCUUUCCCCUCGUCUGUUAUGUCCCGCAAAAGGUUUCUGGAUCUCUCCCAGGCGCUUCACAUCAGUGACCCAAAGGUUGAUGAAGAGAAUGAGAAGAAGAGAGGCACAGCGAGGUUUGAUACACUGUGCAAAAUCAAACCUCUCUACCACAGCAUUGUCGAGGCCUGCAAGACGUACUUUCAGCCAGCCCAGAACGUGUCAAUCAAUGAGAGGAUGGUGGCCUCAAAGGACAGCAUUGGCCUCCAACAAUACAUGAGAAACAAACCAACCAAGUGUGGUCUGAAGCUGUUUGUGUUGGCUGAUUCUGAGUGUGCCUACACGUACAAUUUCUUUGUCUACGAGGGAAGAACAGUUUUGCUUCCGGUAAGGAACUCAGCUAUGCCUCUGUAAUGGCGUUGUUGGAUUUUCAACUGCUGGGGAAGGGCUACAAACUGUUUGUGGAUAACUUCUACACAAGCCCUGCCCUGUUUGCAGACCUGAGGAAGCUGGAUGUGUGGGCUUGUGGCACCAUUCGUACCACCAGGGUGGGCUUCCCGAAGACGAAGGUGGACGACAUGCCCAAGCGGGCUGAGCGGGGACCAUGCAAUGGAUCCGUGAAGAUGGCCUGCUGUUUGUGAAGUGGAUGGACGCCAGAGAGGUGGUGAUGUGCUCCACUAUCCACAAGUCCUUCAGUGGGGAUCACGUCAUCAGGCUUGUGAAGGAUGCUACUGGGGCAUGGACCACUAAAGAUGUCCCCAUUCCUGCAGCCAUCAAGGACUACAACCAGAGCAGAGGAGGUGUAGACCUAUCCGACGCUCUUAUAGGAUACUACGAUGUUCUCCAUAAGACAAAGAAAUGGUACAAGACAUUGUUUUACCAUUUCAUUGACAUUGCUGUGGUGAAUGCAUUCAUCCUCCAGAAGGAAAUGGCCAAGAGCCGUGGACAGCCCCCCAUCUCACAGCUGGUAUUCAGGGAGCAGCUCGUCCGUGAGCUUGCUAGCUACAGCAGGUCCACUGCAGCACCUUCAGUCCCCUCUACCUCUGUCCCUUCUGUUCCUUCAACCAGUGGUGUGCACAUGCUGAAAUUCCUUAUUGCAGGUGAGAAUGAGUGCAAAAGGAAUUCAGUAAGGAGGCUUCGUUGUGCUCUUUGCCACAAGAAAUCCUCUGUCGGCUGCGACACCUGUGCAGUGACCCUCUGCUUCACAGCAGAAAGAGACUGCUAUGGGCUGUGGCAUCAGCAGCACAAUAUUGUGUAGAGGCUCUUCACAUUAUUGAACAUUGAGUGUAAAUAGUUACCCAUGUUGUUAAUUUUUUUUUGAAAUGUUCAUUUUUUUUCAUCAAUUUUCCAAAAUAUAUUUUUCCGGGUAUGUUUGAAUAAUUUUUAAAAAUUUUGUAUAUAGUUAUUUUCAGCAAUGUACCCAUGUACCAAUUCGGCCACUUGGGUACAUUUGGGAAACUUGUGAGGGACACCUGGGUGACUACAUACCCAAUGGCAUGUACCUCACUCAUUCCUAGAGGAAUCUGUCUGAAACUUUGGGCAAAUACUGGUGCCUGGUUAUUCUCUCAUUUGAAAGUAUCCACAGUAGCAUAACUGAAUAUUUUGAUGUUCUAGUUGAUUUUAAAGAUGCUACAACAAUAAAAUAACUGAAAAAC